AUGCGCUUCUCAAACAUCGUCACUGCUGUCGCUGCUAUCGUUGCCGCUGCCCCUUCUGUGGCAGGCGAGCCAGAAGCAAGUGCGGCAGUAGGAUUGGAACAUGGCAUCGAGGCACGAGCCACCAAGUCCCUGGGUGUCUUUUACUGUGUUGGAGCGAUCUGGACGACCAAAUGCUGGCAUCGAGUGAAUCUCAAAGCCGGAACGUUCUAUGAAGUCGGGCCUAGCUAUAACGACAAAAUAUUGUCGUUCGGCCCGGACAAAGGUACCAGGUGUACUCUUUGCAUAAACGGAGACUGUAGCUUGGGAAAUGGAGGCGGUUUCUCUGAGGUUAUUCACUACCCCGGAAUCCGUGAUAUGAAUGACUGGUGGGGGAGGUUCUGGGACUACGACCACUCUUGGAGCGGAGUUUAUGUUAGCCAGAACUUCUGGAACGGCAGAAUCAGUGGGUUUCUCUGUUAUCCGGAGUAA